AUGAUAAGCGAUCAAACUCUGACUGAAUUUAUUUGUAGAUUAAGAACUUUAGUGGAUCUUUCAUUAGGGAAAUUUCUUGAUUCUUUUGAGAAUUCUAUUAAUGCCAGAAACAGGAAUAUAGAAAGUAACUUAAUCGAUACUGAAAUAGAAAAGUGUGAACUUUAUGAUGAAUUAUUUACAGAACUUAAAGAUUUACUAGAAGUUAAUAAUCAAGUAUACAAAGAUAUACUUUGUAAUUUAUCUGAUAUCGAUGCUACAAUGUAUAGUGAUUUAUUAAAAUUUGACAAUUUUCUGCAAUUGAUCGAUGCCUUUAUAGAAACAAUUAGAAGAUGCAUAAAGUAUGGUCAGACUAAUUCAUCUGACCAAAUAAAAGCAUUAAAAGUAACUUUAGAAUAUAUGGAAAGUCCAUUAAUAUAA